AUGACUCCGAAGGGAUUGGCGGAUGGGGACGUCCUCGACCUCGAGCGGGGCGCGAUCGCCGGAGAGGACGACGGCCCCGGGGCUAAGAGCGCGAAGAGCCUCGUCAAUAGGGUCUGCAAUGGUUCCUCCGGCGCCGAGGAGCCGGCCGAUAGUGCCGCGGAGCGUGGAGAAUCGCCGCUGGUGGAGAAGAAGUUUGGAGGGGAAGAAGAAACGCUAGGUCUCAUGGAGAAAAAGACGGAGGCAGAGAAGCAGAAGAAGAAAAAGGCCGGCAAGAAGCCCCCAAAGCCGCCCCGGGUGCCCCGGGCCGCCUCCCUGGACGCCUGCGACCAGAAGCUCAUCCAGCAGAUUUCGGAGCUUGCCAUGCUGAAGCGGGCGAGGACGGAGAGGAUGAAGGCGCUGAUGAAGACGAAGAACUCCAAGCCGGCUUCCUCCAGCAGUAGCUUCUGGGCUCUGGUCAUCACCGUUCUUUUCUGUCUCGUUAUCGUAUGGCAAGGUAUCCCUGCGACUUCUUCUUCUUCUUCUUCUUCGUUUUCUAUAGCUUAUCUUCUACAAUUCCUGAAAGCUCGAUCAAACUAUGGAUCCUCAGUAAGUAAAUCCCAUAGGUUUUUGACAUCAAUCGUACAGCAUGAUCAGAGCUCAUCGCCAUAUCCCAGUCACGAGUUUAAUGGCUAUCUCCAUGAACGCUGUUAA